AUGGGUUCUCCGACGACAAACCCCACCCAAAACCCUAGUUUAUGCGUCUCUACUUUUACCGCCUUCAGCCAAAGCCACGCCGAUUUGAUUAUCUCGUCGCUACUUUCGUUUCCGGAUUCAUCUCCGACCUCCAUCGGCUGCCCCUUGGAUCGAGUGCUGGAGAAAGCUCUCGCCUCAGCUUCUGGUGAUGUCUCCGUUCAAGAUUGUCUCCUCGAUCGUGCUCUCCAUAUCCAGUCGCUUCUUCUAGACUCCACUAAACGAUGCUUCCGUAAACGAGCUUCUCUUCACAAUUCCGGUUCUUGGUUCCUCCCUCCCGAACUCACCAUUAAGGUGUUUUCGAUGCUUGAUACAAAGUCUCUAAUGCAAGCAGCCGCUUGCUGCAAAAUGUUCAACAACUGUGCAAUGGACCGUUUAUCUUACGCUCACAUCGACUUGACCACCGCUACUAAACAAGCUGACCAUAGUGUUGUUUGUACUAUGAUCCAUCGUGCUGGAAAAGAACUCAGAUCUCUCAAGCUUGGUCCUGUUGCUCGUCCUGCUGGAUCUGAUCCUACUCUAACUUUCGUUACAUGGCCUUUUCUUUCCCCGCUGUGCUAUAAUCAUGGUUUUCUUGGGAGUCGCUUGAGAAGCCUACGGCUUUACAACAUCAGACCUAUGAACCUCAGUUCCCUAAGGGAUGUGUUAUCAGUUUUUUCAAAUCUCACUGAUCUGAGGAUUGUUGGUUUAAUUAGUCCAUUUAUGCAUCUGUUUAAGACACUGUCAGAAAAAUGUCGUCUGAUAGAGAACCUGUGCUUAGAAACCUAUCAAUUCCCAGGUAUCAUAGACACUAAAAUGGGUUCACCCUUGGUGGAGUUUGUGACCAACUCCCCCAACUUGAUUUCUCUAACGCUCAUAUAUUUUCCACUAACCGAUGAAAUGGCUAGGACUCUUGUUGAGAGUUCUCGUAAACUGAAGUACCUGAAUUUGUCCAGAUCGUCUACAAUUAACGGUCGUUUUUUGAGGGAUUUGGGAAAUAGCUGCAAAGACAGUCCGUUCAAGACUCUUGUACUGCGCAACUGCCCUAAUCUACUUGAAAAAGAAGUCUUGAAACUUUGUAACUCACUACUCAAAGGAAACUUCAAAUCCAUUCGGCACAUUGAUGUUUCAAAUAACUGCGGCUUAGUUUCUGAAUUUGGCGAUAGAACUUCCAAACCAAAAUUUCCUCUGGAGAAGCUGAAAGAAGAAAGAGCAGAUGUUACAUUUGUGGCGGAUUUUUCACUAACAAGGUCAGAAAAGCGUUAUGGAAUUUACGAUGAAGAAGAGUUGAGGCUGAUAGAGAAUGGGUUAGCCGAGAACGAGGAAGAGGAUGACAGUCGGUUCUUCAGUACAACCGAUGAUUCGAGUGAAGAUGAUGACUUGGACUUGGACGAGGAUGAGGAUGACAAUACAACGGAUGAUACGAGUGAAGAUGACUCGGACGAGGACAUGGGCUUUGCUAUGUGA